AUGGAUGAUCAUAGAGUAAAUUGGUUUGACGACAAUGGGAAUGGAAAAGCUAAAAGUGUCUACGAAUACAUUCGGAAUUCGAAUGUCGAAAGCGAAGAAAAUGAUCAAACUGUUCAUUUUGGUCUUGAUGAUAUCACCCCUUUACAACCCGCAGCUGGCUAUGACAUAAGCGAGAGUUCAGAAGGAAGCAAGUAUUUUCUCCCGAUUGUGGAUGACGAGCUCAAGCCAAUGAUGAGUGCACGCUAUGCAUCUAAAAAUGAUGCUGAAAAGUUGUAUAGAGCUUACGCGGACAAGGCCGGGUUUGAUAGCAGUGAGAGGAGAUAUCGCAAUACGAACCUUAAACGUUGUGGAUGUAAUGCAUGUUUAAAAAUCCACUUGACGAAGGAUGGGUCUUGUUACGAGAUAUACGAGUUUGUUGAGGCACAUAACCAUGAGUUGUUCAACAUCAACGAUCGUCGUUUCUCUAGGAAGAAUAGACAAAUGAAGUACACAAAUUUCAAAAAUGUGCUCAACAGCUCGAGCUACAAAGUUGGAGUGAGAAGGGCACAUCGUAUUCAAAUGGCAUUGAACGGAGGAUUUGAGCACAUUCGAGUUUCAGAAAUUGAUUUCAAGAAUUUUAAGAGGGAUGCUGUUGCUUGUGUUGGGAACAAGGAUGCAAAGAUGUUGAUCAAUAAACUAUCAAAUAGACGUGAAAUUGUCCCAGGUUAUUUCUUCGAAUACAAGUGUAAUGAACGGGAGUUGAUCGCAAUUUUCUGGGCAGAUGAAGUUGCUAGGAUUAACUACAAAGAAUUCGGGGAUGUCAUAUCGUUCGACGGAACGUUCCGCACAAACAAGCAUGCCAUGAUUUUCGUGCCUUUUUUGGCCGUUGACAACCACAAGGCUUCCGUUGUGGUCGGAUCUGCUCUUAUCAGUGGCGAGACAAUCGAUAACUUUACAUGGGUUCUCAACGCUUUCCUAAAAUGUCAUGAGAAGCAACCAGUGUUCGUCAUUACCGACCAAUGUUCUGCAAUGAAGCAAGCUAUACCGAUGGUGUUUACGGAAKCCAAGCACAGACUCUUGGUCGACAUAUACAAGCUCGUAUGGAACAUACAUAUUGGACCAUCGGAGUUCGAGAGUCGUUGGCAUGAGAUGAUCGAUGAAUACAAUAUGGGGGGAGAUCCUUGGUUCACAGAGAUGUAUGCCAUUCGGCACUCAUGGAUUCCAGCCUUUUACAAGGACACGCCAAUGUCUAGGUUAAUGAAAACAACCUCAAGAUCCGAGAGUUCGAAUUCAUAUAUUAAUAUAUACGAAUCGUACUGGUUUGAUUUGGUUCAAUUCCUUAACAAUUACGACGUAGCUAUUGAGAAACAAAGAUACCGACAAUCUGUUCACGAAAUAGUAACGAGAACCACUAACCCUAAAUUUGUAACCCCGCUGCGUUUAGAAAGUAAUGCAUCAAGCAUAUACAGUCGGAAUGUGUCUUUUGACGUGCAAAAGGAAAUAAAGAAGGCUGUCUGGUUCUAUGCUAUAGAGUCAGUUGAAUGCCGGGAUCACUUGAAGUCAUUCGUGAUAAGCCACAAGACCAAGAAAUCCUCUGACAACAUUUCCUAUCUGGUGAACCGUAAUUACUCAACGGACACCGUCGAGUGCGAGUGCAACCUAUUCACGCGCAACGGCUAUCUUUGUCGUCACGCGUUCAAGGUACUGAUAAAUGAUGAAGUCGAAUUCAUACCGGAUAGAUAUGUGUUACUGCGAUGGAGACGACAAUUAGUCCCAGUGCAGAUACAAUCGGCAAGGGUUCGUUACGGUGAGGUUGACGCAGAAAAAGAUAAGUGUAUAUUUGAUGUAUAUUCCAAGGUCGACGACAUCAUAAGCAUCGCCCGGAAUGAUAAGACUAUAUUGUCUAGAUUGGAGCGGUAUCUCGACAGAUUCAUGGCUGAUAUAGAGAAGGAAGUCCCAUAUGAAGACCCAUCUCAACAGAGGUUGGAUGCAAUUAGAGAUCACCUAGGUGUUUCCAUACCUGAUGAGGUGGAUAUUCUACCACCAUCUGGAAUUAGAAACAAGGGAUGUGGCACUGGUAAGAGACUGGUAAGUGUAGCUGAGAAAAUGCAAAAUAAUAGCAAAAAAGCAAAACAAAAAUGUGCAACCUGUGGGCAACGUAGUGGUCAUGACUCACGUAACUGCCUAGAAUUGAUAGGUUAG